AUGCCAUUCCCAUACACGCGUUUCGGUAUGCAUCUCAUUUCGGAUGGCCACCUCGGUGCCGACAAACAGAAUCUGAACCGACGUCCACCAAAGGAUCCUCCGCGUCUACCGCCAAAUCCUCCCAUACGUCCGCCCAUUCUUCCCGCAAAUCGCCUGUGUCCGCCCAUCCUUCCACCGAAUCCGAUUCUACGUCCACCCAUCAUUCCACCUCGACGAGGGCCACCAAAACCACCAAAACUGGAGCCGAAUCGUUGUGCUGCAGCCUCAGCUACCAAUCCUAACAUCGACUGCUCUACAGUAACGGACGUAGAGUGCCGUAGUGAGCUAUGGCGUCCUAUUCUGAUCGAAGAAUGCCCUAACGUCUGUGGACUUUGUACGGCAAAGCGCUACCAGCAGAUACGAGAGUUACUGAAGAAUGGAUCGGAAAUAACGCUGGAGAUAUUGCUGAAACUCGAAAGACCGGACGUAGAAAAUAUGAUCGAAGACUGAUUGUCAAGUUGUUUUCUUUUUGUCUUUUGAUUCUUUAUUUGGCACGUUCUAUGCAUUGCACGCGGCCUGGCACAUGGGGCGCAGUCAAGCUGGAAUCCUUUGAAGAGAAAAGCAAAGGGCUAGUUUUAUGAAAUCAGCGGC